AUGACCGCCAAGUGCGUCUUUUACAUGGACGACGUCAACAUUUUAUGUACCGACCUUUUAUCCGUCGACAGGACUCUGGACAGGACUGACUGGUACGGACGAGCCUCUGGGGCGAGACUGAACAGAGACAAGACAGAGGCCCAAUUCUUCGGACCGUGGGCAGACCCAGACUUGACCAGACUACCUCUGACAGUUAAACUGACGGACAUAAGGGUACUGGGGGUAAAGUUUGACCGCGGGGGAGGAGGGAGCGGUAACUGGAGUGGGAUCCUGGGGACUGUAAGACAGAGACUGGGGUUUUGGGGACUACGACAGCUGACUUUUGAGGGCAAGGUUUUAAUCAUUAAAGCUGUGAUUUUACCUGUGCUUUUAUUAAUCAGUUCUGUUUUUAUCCCCCCUCGAAGGAGUAUUUUAGACCUGGAGCGAAUGCUUUUUUACUUCCUGUGGGGAGGCAAGUGGGAGAGGCUGAGGAGGGAGGUGGUCAAGAGGCCCAGGUCCAAGGGGGGAAAAGGCUUGCCUGACCUCUACUUGUUCCUGGGCAGCCGCUACACAGCGUUACAUCUGACUCUUGCCACCUCCCCGGUCAACAACAAGACUCAGGCCCUCGCACGGUUCUGGCUGGGAUCUUACCUCAGGACUCUGAGGCUGAUCCCAGUCGACCUGCGAGCCCCAGUCUCUUUCCUGCUACCCCCGCCCUACGUCCAGCUCCAGAAGUUUUUAAGACAUUUUAAACUGGAAAAAGAAACAGUCACGGUCUUAACAAAACACCUCUCUCUUCUCUCUCUUGUGCAGGAGCGGGAACCAGUAUGUCCAGUGCGCGGGCUCGCUAUAGGUGAGCCCACAACGGUUUGGCGCAACGUGGACCAUCCUGCUCUCCUGAAUCGGCAUCGGGACCUGUCCUGGAUGGUCGCCCACGAGAUCCUCCCGUUCAGGGCCGUUAUGCAAUCACGGGGCAUGGCGAGGACAUCCGCGUGCCCCCGACCAGGCUGCGGCCAAGAAGAGUCGGUGAGGCACAUGCUCUGGGAGUGCAGAGCCGCCAGGGACCUGUGGAAGGAAGCAGGCCCCCUGAUCUCCUCGUGUCUGCCAGCAGGGGAGGACCUAACACCUCAGCUCGUGCUGUAUGGGGUGGGCCGAAGGCCCAUUCCAUCGAAGACCUUCACCAAGCUCUGGCCCACCCUCACGUGCCUGAAGGAAGCACUGUGGUCCUCCCGUAACCUGCUGGUAGCGAAAAACGUAGAGACCACCCCCCAGGCAGUGGCCAUGGUAGCCACGGAAGCCCUGGGGUGGUACGAAAGGAAGGGGGCCUCGACCCCAGGCAAAGGAUCCCCCACAACACCCUAGGUCCCGACGGCCACGGCCUGACAGCGCUGCGGCGCCUAGGGCGAUGCGCCUAGGGGAGGGAUCUCCUCUGGCCCCGAAGGACGGGACGAUGAUCUACUCAGAAGAGCAGGGUGAGGUGAGCUUGAUACAGACUCACCCCGCUCCUGUACAAGGGACUGAAGACAGCUUUUUAACAAAGUGGCUUUUUAACAUGUUUUUCAUGUCUUAAAAAUGUUUUACCUUUGGUAGAUCAUUAGUACACAUUUUAAAUGGCUUUUACAGAUUUGAUGUUUUUACAAAGAAAGUACUUUUAUUCAUGGUUGUUCUCAUUGGUUUUAACAACAUGUACUUUUUAACAAAUUUAAAUGUAACGUUCAAAUGCUGUGUUUUAUGCUUUGUUGCCGGUUUUGUGUGUAUAAAUUAUGUAAAAAAUGUAUGAGCUGUUUUUAAAGGAAA